UCCUGUUUCUUUAAGGGAACGUGGCUUUUCGCUGCAGCGCCCGUCUUCGCGUCUGCGUCUCCGCUGCGGCGGCCGGAGCUGGAGUCGGACCCCGAGCGCAGUGUCGCCAUGGACUCGGCCCUCAGCGACCCGCACAACGGCAGCGCGGAGGCAGGCGGCGCAGCCAACGGCACGACGCGGCCGCCUUCCACGCCCGAGGGCAUCGCGCUGGCCUACGGCAGCCUCCUGCUCAUGGCGCUGCUGCCCAUCUUCUUCGGUGCCCUGCGCUCGGUGCGCUGCGCCCGCGGCAAGAACGCCUCGGACAUGCCAGAGACUAUCACCAGCCGGGACGCCGCCCGCUUCCCCAUCAUCGCCAGCUGCACACUCUUGGGGCUCUAUCUCUUUUUCAAAGUUUAUUUUCCCAAUAAAAGUUACACAGGCUCAGUGUUGAAAACGUGGAAAACACAGAAAAGUAAAAAGGGGAAAACAGCAGUCAUCCAAAACCCCACUACCAGAGACAAUCACAGAUUCCCUUUGGAGAUAUUCUCCCAGGAGUACAUCAACCUCUUGCUGUCCAUGUAUUUCUUCGUGCUGGGGAUCCUGGCCCUGUCCCACACCAUCAGCCCCUUCAUGAAUAAGUUUUUUCCAGCCAACUUUCCAAAUCGACAAUACCAGCUGCUCUUCACACAGGGCUCUGGGGAGAACAAGGAAGGUGGGAGGGGCAGCCCCGCCCCGGGGAGUGGACUUACCCGGCCUCUCUGCCCAGAGAUCAUCAAUUAUGAGUUUGACGCCAAGGACCUGGUAUGCCUGGGCCUGAGCAGCAUCGUUGGCGUCUGGUACCUGCUGAGGAAGCACUGGAUUGCCAACAAUCUCUUUGGCCUGGCCUUCUCCCUUAACGGGGUGGAGCUCUUGCACCUGAACAACGUCAGCACUGGCUGCAUCCUGCUGGGUGGACUCUUCAUCUACGAUGUCUUCUGGGUAUUUGGCACCAACGUGAUGGUGACAGUGGCCAAGUCCUUUGAGGCACCAAUAAAAUUGGUGUUUCCCCAGGACCUGCUGGAGAAGGGCCUCGAAGCGGACAACUUUGCCAUGCUGGGACUCGGAGAUAUCGUCAUUCCGGGGAUCUUCAUUGCCUUGCUGCUACGGUUUGACAUCAGCUUAAAGAAGAACACCCAUACCUACUUCUACACCAGCUUUGCAGCCUACAUCUUCGGCCUGGGCCUCACCAUCUUCAUCAUGCACAUCUUCAAGCAUGCCCAGCCUGCCCUCUUGUACCUGGUCCCCGCCUGCAUUGGCUUUCCUGUCCUGGUGGCACUGGCGAAGGGGGAAGUGACGGAGAUGUUCAGCUACGAGUCCUCGGCGGAAAUCCUGCCUCACACCCCGAGGCUCACUCACUUCCCCACAGUCUCGGGCUCCCCCGCCAGCCUGGCCGACUCCAUGCAGCAGAAGCUAGCUGGCCCUCGCCGCCGGCGCCCGCAGAAUCCCAGCGCCAUUGGAAGGUCCAAGAAGCUUAAAGUUAAUCCACCCAAGCCCAACCUCUCCAUCUGCCGCUGCCCUCCACUACCUCUUGGCACCACCAGGCACAGAAAAAGGAGAGCAACCUGUCUGAGAAGGGCAUACGGUGGGGCCGGGGCCAAGCCUGGAAGAUGCUGGGCCGUGAAUGCCAGUUAUGAGGAGUCAAAUCCUAAGGAUGCAGCAGCAGUGACAGAGGGAUCCAAAGAGGGAACAGAGGCCUCGGCAUCGAAGGGGCUGGAGAAGAAGGAGAAAUGAUACAGCUGGGGCCUGACCCUCUGAGGGCCAGGCCAGGCAGGUGGAGGCAGGCCAGUACAGGCCUGCGCGGGCAGAGGGCGCCGGAGGCCGAGGGUGUGGGAGGCUGGGCAGCUCCAGCAGAGGGGCGGGGGCAACAGGAUCCCUCCUGCGGGGACUCCCACGGCCUGGUUCCCUCAUCCCCCUUCUCUGGCCUUCCUCUGCCCCUUCUCAUCCUCUGCAGGCAAAAGAAGCCCCAACUCCCCCACCCUCCCAGAUGCCAGGCGGGAAAAGUGGGUCUGAUUUUUAGAUUUUUGUAUUGUGGACUGACUUUGCCUUACAUUAAAAAUUCAUCCCAGGAUCCCCUGGGUAGCUCAGUC